AGCCCAUCUCUGUUCGGACGCGGUCCCUCUCCCUGGCUUCGGUCCACCCUCAAGCUAGUGGAAAUGGUGAUGCUCCACCAAGAUACGAGAACGAUUCCAUGCACACGUGCUAAGAGAGCGUAGGACCCAGAGAAAGACAGAAAAUGAAAAAAUCUCGUGCUAAAUUUAUGACCCGUGUUUGAAUAAACAGGAUGUCGAAGAGACUUCGACAACUUCAAGAACCAAACAUGAUUUUCGUUAAGAGUAACGAAUUAGAUACGGCGCGUAAUAAAUAAUAGAAAAGUUUUCAAGUGACGCGACUUUCGUUCUCCGGAUUUCCAGUCCUCUCUCAGCCCGAUCACCCACGUUGAGUGUUUCACAAUCCAUUCUUUGUUUGUUGUAUAUGGUCGCUCGCUCGAUCUUUUGAAUUUUAGCUCCUAAUUUAUGAGCAUUGACAUAACACAACGCAGACAAGAACGUCUUAAGUCUUUGCUUAAGUUGCGAUUGUGAAUACGGCCCCUAGGGCUGACUUUUAUUGACCUAACCCUAUCUUGAAUCUUGGAAACUACCGGUAGAUCGCGCAACAACAACUAUCAAUAUCUUUAAUGCUCUCAUAUACCUAUUAUAUAUUUAUGCAUUUUCAUUGUCAUGGAUUACAGCAAAAUAGUGUUUGGUAUCGUUUUGUUCAGUUUCUUUACAUAUGUUUUAUGUUAAGUUUUCAAAAUAAAAUGUCGAAAAUGAGCUCGAAAGAUAAAGAUAACAAAACAUUACAUGAUAAAUUGAAACAAUUUUUUCGUAUCAAUAAAGGAAACCAUAAAAGUCGUGAAGAUUUUAUAUUAACCCAUGAUCUUGAAAAAGAAAUAAGUCAUGAAAGUCCUGUACAUUAUCGUACUAAAGCUAUUAAAGAUCUUUGCGAUCCAAUUCUUAAUCAGCAGUGGGAAGAUAAUGCUGCUGAACGAUUAUGGUAUUUGGUACAAGAUCUGUUAGACAAAGAUGUACCUCGUGAACAUAGACAUGUGACAUUAAAUUUUUUGCGGUGUCUUGUUCAAGGACAAUAUUCUAAGUUGUCUUCUCUUAUGAGAAUAAAAUUUUUCAUGGUUAUUAAAGAACAUAAUAUUCCUGAAGAUAUUGGACCUAGAUUGGAACUUUUACAAAGUUUAACAGAAAAUGGAAAAGAUAUAUUACAUUUGGAAGAAAGAAUAGGCCCUUUUUUAUUAGAUUGGAUGUCUGUUGUGACUGCAGGAGAUGGGAAAAGAAGUGCUGAAUUUUUGUCGCUUCUAGUUAAUGUCAUUAAAUUCAAUUCAGCUUACAUCGAUGAAGACAUUAUAUCAGGCUUUGUUCGAUAUAUUUGCCAUUUGUGCUACUAUAGUAAUAGCAACGAAGUUGUUUCCGGAUGUUUAGAAGCUUUAGAUGCAAUUGUUUGUUACAGUAAUUUACAAUCUGAUUCAUUGCAAACAUUUAUUAUAGCAUUGUGUGGAAGCGUCAAUGUUGAAACAUAUUGCCAAAUAAGUUGGAAAAUAAUGCGUAAUCUAUUAGGUACACACAUGGGUCAUUCUGCACUAUAUACAAUGUGUCGUAUGUUACAAGAUCCAAGUUUUCAACAAGAUGUACGUUUACUACGGGGCGCAGUGUUUUAUGUAAAUAUGGGUCUCUGGGGAACACAUAGAAUCCCAAAGUUAGAGUGUACACCAACAUCUGUACUACCUUCAUUUUACCAAGCUUUAAAAUGUAAUCAUCCGGUUGUUAUGUAUGAGGUGACAUUAUCAAUACAAAGAUUAGUAAAUAAAUAUGGUACUGAAUUAUGGGAUCCUACAUGGAAUAUUAUCCUUGAUAUUAUCAAAGAAGUUAUUACUCAUACAGAAACUAGUAAUCAACCUGCAACCAGACAAGUUUCAGUAAGUUUGCACGAAACGAUAAACAGUAUUGAAAAUUUACUGGAUAGUAAUCAUUAUAAUGGCUCUGUUCAACGGUUUUAUGAGCUUGUUGAACGUUGCAGUGAUACACGACCUGAAGCUUCUGUUUUAAAAUUAAUUGAAUAUCGAGCAUAUACCAUAGGACCUACUCAUUAUCAGUGGCAAUCUAGAUUAGCCAAUUUAAUAGAGCGUUAUUAUAAAAUUGAAACACGUACUAACAUCAGGAUGAAAAUUCUUGAUGUUUUAACGAAUGUCAUUGAAGUUAAUAGAUUCAGGUAUGAAGAUGAAUUGAUUGAAAAAAUAAUCGUGCCAUAUUUUCAACAUAUUGAUAUGGAUCCAGAUAUCACAAUACGUAACAGUGUCGCACAUUUAAUUGUUGAUCUUUGCCUUGAAUGUGAUACAAAACGAUGUUUAGAACUUCUAGAUAUACUUGAGAAGGUGAUUAACAAACCUUUCACUUCUGACACUCCAAUUUUAAAAGAUGUUGACAUUAAAGAUGUGAAGACUGCAGUAGUUGGUGUAAUAAAAAUAUUAACAACAAAAAUUUAUUGUUUGCCAUCAAGUCAUGCUAUACGUGCUUACAAGAUUCUAGUUAAUCAUUUAGAACAACACUAUAAAGAACCGUCCAUUUUCCAUGAUGCUUCUUCAGUUCGUUACUUGAUUUUUGAAUGUUUCUUAAAAAUUAGAGCAAACUCUCUUUAUCAUCUUGGAUUUUUGGACACUGAAAAUGGAUUAGCAAUAAAGUUUAGUCCAUAUUUAGUUUUAGAACAUUCAACUGAACGAAUGAACAGUGGAGGUGGUGGAACUAGCCCUCCACCAGCUAGUCCGGUUCCGUUACAGCACUUGUCUUGUCAGAUUACUCAUAUAUCGCUGGUACACGCAUGUAAAGCUGUUAUUUCCUGUAUUAAAUCAGAAAAAGACUGGAAAAUUUUGCAACUUGUAUUAAAAGAAUUACCUCAAGUAAUGCAAAACAGAGCAUUAAUAUUAUCACGACAUACAAACGAUAUCGAUUUUACAGCAGUGCUUUGUUCAAUGGUCAGUGACAAAAGUUUAAGGCUUCCAGAGUCGCUUUAUAAUGUCCCUCCAAAAUUUACUCUUUCUGAAUUUCGUGUUCAUGUUUUUCCAGUAUUGGCAUCAUUAGCUUCGUAUCAUGCACAUUUAGAACCUAAUUUACAACAACGCUUAAUAAAAUGUUUUGAGGUUGGUUUAAAAGCAAAGUGUGCAAGUCAAUGUGUUACUAGUCUCACAACUUGUAUUUUAGAAAUGCGCGAUGCAAUGAAUAAACUGUUAUCAGAAGUUCUUUUAAAUUUAUCAAAAAUUUCAGCAACAGUUCACAUAGCUAUACCAAUUUUAGAAUUUUUAUCUACUCUUACAAGGCUUCCAAAAGUUUUCGCAAAUUUCAUUGGAGAUCAAUACAUGUCAGUGUUCGCAAUUUUACUACCAUAUACAAAUCCUUUUAAGUACGACCAUUACACAGUAUCGUUAGCACAUCAUGUAAUUGCUGUAUGGUUUUUGAAAUGUCGUUUACCAUUUCGAAGAGACUUUGUUAAAUUUAUUACUACAGGCUUAAAAGCUAAUGUAAUAGUUCCUUUCGAAGAAGGACAUUUAAUGAAGUCAGAUUUUAAUUUUAUGAACGAAGACUCCUCAAAUAGAAAGCGUAGUUCAAGUUUAACAGAACAGGGUAGUAGAGGCCGAAGAGAAAGGCCAAUAAUGGCUAAUCGUAUGAUAGGUGAUGGUAAAGUUUCAGAUUUGAAACCUCCAAUUGAUGAAGCUUUAAUGACUUUCCAUGUUGAACUUACCGAAACUUGUAUUGAUCUCAUGGCUCGGUAUACAUUUUCAACUUACUCGGCUCGGCCUAAAAGACUUCCAGCUGCAAAAUUUCUUCUUAAAGAAGGCCAGUCGAUGACAUGGCUCCUUGGUAACAAACUUAUCACUAUAACAACUAGUGGUUGCAGUAAUAAAGCAAUGCGUGGAGGGCUUUGUGAUAAUUGUUGGGUUGCAUGUAAACCUAAUUCUCAGUCGCCUGAACAGGUAAAAACAACCCACUUGAAUUUAAGACGUGCAUCUGGUGCUGAGGUAACGAAAGAAGAUAAAUUGUCCAGACAGUCUUCCGGAGGUCACAGCACUUCUAAUGCAAAUACAAAUUCUCCAACAGAGGAAUCUAGAAAAAUGACAGAUGAUCUAAAUGUACCAAAAAAAGAUUAUUCUGCAGAAAAAAUGGAUAAAGAUCAAGUUGAAUCAUCAAAACUGGAUCAAAUACUUAAUAGUGAAAAGCAAGAAGAGCACGUACUUUGUGCUUGUUGGUGUCAAGGUUGGGCUGAAAUAUAUGUACGCAGACCUACGGGUGACAUGUCUUGGGUGAUGAGAAUUCAAAAUUCUAUGCAAUUCGAAACGUAUGCAGACUUUCCUGUACACGACAUAGUAGCUUUAUACAAACCAAGUGAGGAUUUAAUGCAAAAGCAGAAAGAAUCUCCAUCUGAAUGUUCUGGAGAUGAGGAUACUGGAGAUAAAAACCAUCAAGAUCAAGUACGAAGUGAUUAUAAUACUUUUACGAAAUCUGUAAUAACUUCUUCUGUGUCUACGGAUCCAAUUGCAAUACCUGGUUCACCAGUGCGACCGAGUCCUUCAAGACAAAGCUCACACGACAGCUUAGAAAGUUUAGAAGACGGCGAAGAUGAUUUACGUCGUUCUCGAAACCCAGUACGAAGAUCAAACUCUAGUCCUGAAAUGAGUGCUAAUUGGAAAAAUCCAUUUUUGAAUAAAGAUAAAUUGAACUUUCAACAGGAGCGAGAACUUCCAUCGACAGAUGUAGAUGCUAAACUUGAUGCUGAAUUGAAAAAGCACGCAAAAAGCAUGUAUACAAAAGACAUGAGGGUUAGUUGCGAAGCAAUACCAGAAGAAAUGUUUGGCAUGAGUACAACACCCCCAUCAUCUGAAAAUGUAUCAGAUCAUCCAAUUGCUUUAAAAUCACAACGCUCUUAUCCAGGUGCAACACAAAUAACUCAAAUUAUUACUACCACUAUUAGCAAUACUGUACCACCAUCACCUACCACACAGGUUCAAGGAAACUUUUUGGGAAUACAAGGACGCACAACACAAAUGACCACUACGAAACCUCCACAAUCACCAACACAAAUUUAUUCUCGGUUAUCUAAUUUUGAUUCUAGUCAAAACUCAUUAGGAGUAGAAAAUAAAUCGUUUCUUGGAAGAAAUCACCUUAUAGAUAAGAAAGAAGAAAAACCUGAUCCUUCAAUGUUACCUCCUCUGCCGUUACCUUUCCGCGACAGAGGUCAUACAAUUUCUGUAAUGAGUCCUGUAAAGAAAUCGCGUGGAGAAUGGGACAAUAUACGUAGAGGAAAUUCACCACGAAUAAAAGAUACUCCAAAAACUGGUAUUAAUCCUAGUUUUGUAUUUCUGCAGUUGUAUCACACAGCACACUUCGGUUCUCCUUCAGAAAAACCUCUACUGGUUCCACAAACAACAGCUGUGCAAAGAGCAGUAACAAAUUUAGAUAGAAUACAACCCUAUGAAACUCAUAAGAUUGGAGUUCUUUAUGUUGGUCCAGGGCAAGCUUCUAAUGAGAUUGAAAUUUUGGCUAACCAACAUGGAUCCCUUCGAUACACAGAAUUUCUACAACGCCUGGGAACAUUGGUUCGACUAAAGGAUAUUGAUGAAAGUGUAUUUUUAGGAGGUUUAGAUCGUAAUGGUGAAAAUGGAAACUUUGCAUAUAUUUGGCAAGAUGACGUUACACAGGUAGCCUUUCAUGUAGCUACUUUGAUGCCAACAAAAGUAAGUGACCCCAAGUGUACAUCUAAAAAACAGCAUAUAGGAAAUAACUAUGUUACUGUCGUUUAUAACGAAUCAGGAGAAGCCUAUAAUAUACAAACUGUAAAAGGUCAGUUCAAUUAUGCAUGUGUUGUAAUUCAACCUUUAGAUCAUGGUACGAACCAAGUGACAGUUCAAGUAAAAGAAGAAUUAGCAAAACACAUUCGACAUAAUGAACCUAAAAUUAUUUCUGAUCAAAAUUUAGCUAUUCUGUCUCGACAGCUUGCUCUUCAUGCAAAUCUUGCUUCAAUGGUUUCUUCAUCUUUGGAACAAAAUAGUCACAAUCCAUAUGCCUCUAAUUGGUUGGAGCGUUUGCGACAUAUAAAACGUCUCAGAAAUCGUGUAUUACAAGAAUUAAUAAAUAAUAAUCCAGAUGGAGCAAGCGAUGACUUGUCACCAAAAGCAAACAAACGUAUAUAUAUGGACGAUUUUACUGAGUACACAACAUGAUUUAAUUUUAAUAAAAAACAUUUUAUUGUUAUUAAUUUAUAAAUAUAAUGCAAUAAUUUAACUUCA